AUAAAGCUUCCACAUUUUGAAUCAUCAUGGCAGCCGGUAAAGCGUCCUUGGUGGCGCUUGGACUUCAGUUCUGUGUGAAAAAUAAGCUUCUGUUGAAUUCAGCUUUGCCUGGUAUUGUCAGCUGUAUUAAAAGAGGUCUUGCCACAGGUGUGUUGUCUCAGACUGUUGAAGUUCCCAGUGCCACAACCUCUCCAAGCCGCAGUUUUAGAGGACCGUUGGAACAUUACAACAGUCUCAUUCGAGAUGGACAGUUACGAGAAGAUCUGCAGCAGAGAGCUGCUUUGGAAACACUGGCUCAGAUGCAAAAGGAUCUUCGAGGGUACAGCAACGAACACUCAACGCUUUUCUCAAAGUUCUUCUCCAAGAGAAAGCCACCGAAAGGUUAUUACAUAUAUGGAGAUGUUGGCACAGGGAAAACUAUGGUUAUGGACAUGUUUUAUGAUCAUGUAGAGACAGCGAAGAAAAAAAGGGUCCAUUUUCAUGGAUUCAUGUUGGAUGUACAUAAACGAAUCCAUCGGCUCAAGCAAAGUUUGCCCAAGAGAAAAGUGGGUAAAAUGGCGAAGGCGUACGAUCCUAUUGCACCGGUUGCUGAAGAAAUCAGUGAGGAGGCCUGCCUUCUGUGUUUUGAUGAGUUCCAGGUCACUGACAUUGCAGAUGCCAUGAUUCUUAAGCAGCUCUUUGAGAACCUCUUCUUGAAUGGGGUUGUAGUUGUGGCCACGUCUAACCGGCCUCCAGAUGAUCUGUACAAAAACGGAUUACAGAGGGUGAACUUUGUGCCUUUCAUCGCUGUGCUAAAGGAGUAUUGCCAAACACUACGUCUGGAUUCUGGAAUAGAUUAUCGGAGAAGAAAUCGCCCUGCAGCUGGAAAACUCUUCUACCUUUUCAGUGAACCUGAUGUUGAUGCAACACUCGAUAAGCUGUUCGAUGAGAUGGCCUUCAAACAGAAUGACAUUACUCGGCCCAGAUCUCUAAAGGUACAUGGCAGGAUACUGACACUUGCUAAAGCAUGUGGGACCAUAGCAGACUGCACUUUUGAGGAGCUGUGUGAUCGACCUGUAGGAGCCAGCGACUACCUGGAGAUCUCUGCUGUGUUUGACACAGUUUUCAUCCGAAACAUUCCUUUGCUCACUUUGAACAAGAAGACGCAAGCCAGACGCUUCAUAACUCUCAUUGAUGCACUAUAUGAGCACAAGGUUCGAGUCGUGCUGCAGGCCGAAGCUCUGUUAGAUGAGCUGUUUGUUCGUGACCAUCAUGACGAUCACGACCAUCACGACACUCAUGUUUUAUUGGAUGAUCUGGGCAUUUCAAGGGAUGCAGGCAGCUCACUGGCGAUCUUUAAAGAUUAUUAUGCCUAUAUUAAUAAGAAUACAUUAAUUGUGCCUUUGCGGCAGCGCAUUAGGGGCUUUGGCAGUGCUGGAUCGCCCGGGUUGCGGGACGCAACGUCCUGCACCGACAUGGAACAGGGCUCAUGGAGGCUUAUUGGGAAAAAUCGUGUGUGUGUUGUUAGGACUCAUUUGUGCCGAUUUGCAGAGGGACGGCUGUGGAGGUAUGGCUUGAUCGUUUGA